CUGACAACAGCUGUGCGGCCAGGGAGUGUAGACGUUUUGAUGGUUUCGUGUGGCAGCUGAAGAAUACGUCUAGUCAUAUUAUUGUAAUUGUUAGUUGCAGAAGAAUGAGUGACAAACAUCUGGGUAAAGGAUCCAGGAUGCCGCCCUUGUCGAAAGGGAAGUUAAGACUAUACAGUAUGAGGUUUGACCCCUACUCGCAGAGGGUGCAUCUAGUCCUUGAUGCAAAAAAAAUACCAUAUGAUGUAGUAAAUGUAAAUCUAACAGAGAAACCAGAAUGGUUGUAUGAGAAAAGCCCCCUGGGAAAGGUUCCAGCCCUGGAACUGGAAUCGGGAGACUGCAUCUACGAGAGUAUGAUCAUUGCAGAUUACCUCGAUGAGAAAUAUCCACAUAGACCAUUAUAUCCAAAGGAUCCUUUGAAGAAAGCAAAAGACAAACUAUUGAUAGAUCAGUUCAAUAAGGUUAUUUCAAAUCUGUACAGACUUUAUCAAAACAUGGACAAAGAGUUCUUAGACCCUGUUAUGAAGGCAUUGGAUGUCUUCGAGAGGGAGAUUGUGUCAAGAUCAAAACCGUUCUUUGGAGGAGAUAAGCCAGGGAUGCUGGACUACAUGAUCUGGCCAUGGUGUGAGAGGUCAGAAAUGCUUAAAAUCAUGGGAGGAGACCAGUUUGUGCUACCCAGGGAGCGGUUCCUGAGACUAAUGGAGUGGAGGAAUGCAAUGAAGGAAGAAGAGUGUGUAAAAAUGAGUUACCUUGAGCCUGAGAUUCAUGCCAAGUACAUCAACAGCCACAGGGCUGGCUAUGCAGACUAUGACCUGCUCGUGAAGUAAGUCCCAUCAUAUGACUUGCUGCGAUUUAUAAUUCCAUGUUAACUUAUUACUUUGUAUCCUAACAUAGAAUUUCUGUUCAGUUUCAACCAUGUGAUUGAUGAUGUGUGGCAUCAGAGAUGGGAUAGUAGAAUUGUGGUUCUGUUCACUAGACUGAUAUUCAGCAUUUAAAACUUUAUUCAGCCUAAUGACUCAUCAACUGUCUCUUUGCAUUUUUGUACUGUUUGUGUAAGUGAUGGUACCAGUGAACUACAGAAUGUUCAGAAGAGUAAUGCCGAAGAUAUAAUCAGGAAUUGGUCCUAUUUUUUAGGCUAAACACAAAUCUACUUUAUGGUCAGAUGUUUUGAAUUUAUUGUCUGCAUGUGUCAGCAAUGUCAACAAUCCGUAAUAAUUUUUUGGUAUUGGAAUUCAAGGCCCUAUAAACUGUGAUAAAACUGCUGUAUGUAAACCUAUGAAACCUCCCUCUUCUGUGAUUUAGAAAUAAUUGACUCAUCCUCCUGCAGUUGGUCUCUGAAUUUUUCAUUUAUUAGGCUAGAAGUCUUGAAGCAACUUGAACUAACAAAAUAUUCAUGCUUGAGAGGAAAAUUAUGUUAUUAAUCAUCAAGUUGGAUUAAUUAUAGUUGGUGAAAGCAGCCCACACAGUGAUUUAGAAAGUUCUGUUUAGCCAACUUGAACUUUGUGAGCCCACAUAUCUGUCAGUAAAGUGACUGGCUAUAGGUUCGAUCAACACAGUUCAUUUCCCAGCAUAGAAAGAAUUUCUUCCCUUUGUUGCCAUAACCAAAGUGACUCUGGGAUCCAAUCAGCCUCCUGAUUAAUGCAUGCUAUAUACUUUUCCUCAAGUACCAAAUGGUCAGAGCUUGAAGGUGAUCCCUCACUUUUACCAGACAGGUUGGUCUAAUGGUGAUGCUCCAAGAUAAAUAUUGGAGAUGCCUGGUUCAGAUCUUUGUUGAAACACCAGGUAUCUUGACCGAGGUAUUUCGUUGUUUUUCUCAGUCCCUCCAAGUAAAUGCUAGGAGAGCAUCUUGAUUAGGUCAUGACUACGUCAUUUGAAAUCCUUUUCAGUUCAUUAGUCAUUCCAUCAUUUGGCGCAGUAUAGUCCAAAUACUGACAGAAUUGUGAAAUACAAAUGGGAGUAAUCAUAUUUCUGCUGAUAGUCAUUACAGAUCCAAAUUCUUUUUGGUGUUCUUAAGGGUUUUAAAAUCACACAUGUACAGAAGCAGAAAGCUGUUAUGUGGGUGUCUUGACUUUCCAUGCUCAUGCUAGAUGUCACUGAGAGACGUAAGUGAAAUUAUGUAGCAUGCAUAACCAUAUCCAAAAUAGCUUUAUGCUAUAUUUGCAGAACAAGAGAACUGAGUUGGCGUGAAUAAUUAAUACAGUUUUUGUGUUUCACAAUUAAAUGUUAAAGUUAUGCAAAUUAAACUUCAUUAGGUAAAUACAUUGGGUCAAACUCCUUUUAGACUCCAAAAAUUAAUUCUCAAAUUGAUCUCUGCCUUUUUUGGAUAAAAUGCAUGGCAUAACCUUAGUUAUCAAGAACAUGCUGUAAGUUUGUAUGGAUAUGUUUCUCAUCUUUCUUAUUUCUUGUGCUUCCAUACUGUAAAAGGAAAAAUUAAAUGACUUUAGACAUUCACCCUGUCGUGGCUUCACUUAGCUCUAUUGACAGGGGGAGGUUUGUUUCCAGGUUCCUUCAAGAUCUGUUUAAUGUAGUGGAAUUUUUUUUAUAAAAGGUUGUGUUCUAUAAUCUUAAAGUUCAGCAUGUAUAUUCUAAAUGGUUCUGACAGUGGUGUAGAACACUCAGGAGUACUGGGUUUUUGGAAUUUAUCCACUGUCUGGUAUUCUGAAGAACACAAAAGAACACAGCAUUUUGGAAACUGUAUGUGUUUCUGCCCUCAGAUGAGGGGUGGGAAACACCUACAUCAGAAAAUAUGCUCACAGAGGACUUAAUUUAUAAAAUUCAGCAUUUUGAUUUUUGAUUGCAAAAGUUAUAUAUGUUUGUAUUUCAGCCCUGUUCCAACAUUUUUAAUAUCUAACAUUUUCCUCAUCUGACGAAUUCGUGAUUUAUCAUAUGAUAAUACACCUGAGAAAUUGUUAUGAAAGCAAAGAAAAAACUGUAGCAGUCGCUGUUAUUUUUCAUGCACAAAAUGCACAUCAUUAUGUGUGUAAUGGUCCAGAAUUCAUAUGAAUAUUCUGAACAUUCUGUGGAUGUGGUUCUCGAAAUGUAUACUAGUUAACUGCAACAUGUCAAUAUACAAGUUUCAGACAUUCUGCUAUUCCAUUCAUGGAAAUUUGAACUGUGACAGUGAGUACUGUAUCACCUUGUUUUUAAUGUAAUGUUAUUACAUACACACACACAAACACACACACACUGCAGUUCUGUUAUUUUAUAAGCAAUAAGCCAGAUUUCCAAAUCAUUGCCUUAGUUCUUAAUAGCGAUCUCCAGUUUCCAUUAUUUUUCAGGUUAUAAGUGCAUUUAGUUUGUUAGGACUUAAGGGCUGUAUAUCCAGGAUUAAACUGAAUAAAAUCAGAAUAAACAUAAAAAAAAUUGUUUUUUGUUCUGUCUCAUGUGGGUACUAUUCAUGUCGCAAACAUUAUACCCUUGUUUUCUUUAUUCCACAAAAUGUGGAGACAGAGCCAUUAAGAACUAAGGCAACAAAAUGCUGCAAAGUGAGGAAUAUAGUGUCUGGGCUAUCCAGAAAUCUUUAGGGAGAAGCUUUCCAAGUGCUAAUUAUACCAUUUUCAUACUUCCUGAUCUAUAAUUCUGUGGAGGAAAUUAUUUUUCAUAACCAGCUGCAGUGUUCUUCCUCGCAUCUACGGUAUAUGCUGGUAACUUUAAGACUUUAACUUUGGUGGUCAAUUGGAACUGUUAUAGAAGUGGCACUAGAAUAGCAGUAGCUAUUUUCUUUUAUGUAUUACAGUAAUAUAAUUAAUUCUUUCUCUUAAGUCUAUAUUAAUGUUAAUUUUCUGAUAAAACUAUUUCUACACAGUAUGACAGAUUCCUGACACAGUACUCUUGUAUGGCGUAACCAGAAGGAUGAAACAUAUAAGUAACUAUAUCAUAACCUAGCAAAUGAGCUUUGAAAAUUACUCAGCACAAAGGAAGUACUUUAUUUUUUGUGCAAUACAGUUAUGAUCUAGAGUAUGUAUUAUAUUUAAUUAAAAUAUAAUUGCUUGUGCUACCAAAGUCUUUUAUUAUUACCAACAACAAAAGAUUUUAUCUGGCAGUGUGUAAUAACUUUGAAUUGGGAUAAUGUAUCAAAGUAUUGCAGGAAGUGGAGAGAAUUUAUAGUGAAGCAAAUUGGCCCUGUAUACUCAUACUUUAAUGCAUUAAUCAGUUAAUCAGUGUGAUAAUGAAAAUACACAGUACUGUCUUACAACACGAACAGUACCUAUGACAACAACUUAGCAAACACUGUAAUUAAAAAUGUACAGUUUCACAAGUAAAACAAAUUAUUCUGGCA